AUGGUGAUCACCUCCUCCAUCACCUCCUCCAUCACCUCCUCAUCACCUCCUCCAUCACCUCCUCCAUCACCUGCUCCAUCACCUCCUCAUCACCUCCUCCAUCACCUCCUCAUCACCUCCUCCAUCACCUGCUCCAUCACCUCCUCCAUCACCUCCUCCAUCACCUCUUCCAUUACCUCCUCCAUCACCUGCUCCAUCACCUGCUCCAUCACCUCCUCCAUCACCUCCUCAUCACCUCCUCAUCACCUCCUCCAUCACCUCCUCCAUCACCUGCUCCAUCACCUCCUCAUCACCUCCUCCAUCACCUCCUCAUCACCUCCUCAUCACCUGCUCCAUCACCUCCUCCAUCACCUCCUCCAUCACCUCCUCCAUCACCUGCUCCAUCACCUGCUCCAUCACCUCCUCCGGUGA